AUGCCCGUGUUAGAAUCAUCCAGCCCCCUUCCUCAGGCGGCAUACCCUCACAUCUUCGACUUGAUUCUCUCCUUCUCGUCUCGCGAGGCGCUCCUGAAGUUGCGCGCGACCUGUCUGGAAGAGACUGAUCCCGUUCUGUAUGCCUCAGCCGAUGUUCAGCGGCUUGUUCUUACAGUCCGCUACGAUCCCGAGGAGCCUUUAAUCAACCAUUGGGGGGAGUAUGAAGGGUCGCUCCAACUCUGCCACAUUGUCCUCAUUCUUCAAGGCCAGCUUGGGCAUGACAACCCCGGUGUCUUGGACCGCCUGGUCAACAUCAUCAAUGGGCUCAUGCACCCCGCUUUGCUGGUCCCGUACACAAUCGUCGGUGCCGACCCUGCCCUCGAGCGCGAAAUCAAAAGCGUAGUCAAAACCAAACUGAGACGGCUCCGUAACUCGGAGCAUGACACCGGCAUCUUCAAGGGCUUGGACGUCCAGCAGGGGCUCUCCAAAUUUCGUUUCUUCACCUUGGACGAAUACCGCCAGACUGUGGGCCAGGAGCAAUUCAUGCUGGAGACGGUUGAGUAA